UUGAAGCCAGGGGGCCUACCGCAAAAACCGAAUUACGCAAAUUGCGGGGAUCUUUCUCUUUUACUCUCACUAAGACGUAAUUAGAGUGACAGAGAAAAAUGCCCGCAAUUGAUGAAUUUCGAUUUUCCCGGUAGCCGCCCAGAUUUUUUCCUGCAACACAGAAAAAUACACUUUCCAUUGCUGUCAUGUCAUGUCACUUCAUUCACUGAAGUUGCAAAAAAUGUCAACGAGCUUUGUGGUGUCGUAUUUGUGUGGUUAAAUGUAAUUCAAAAUAAAUCUAUUGACAAUAUAAUGUGUGACAAUGGCUUCGGUAAAAGUGGCUGUAAGGGUUCGCCCGUUCAACCAAAGGGAGAAGGACAUGAGCGCAAAACUCAUUGUGCAGAUGGAAGGAAAGAAAACCAGAUUACUGACUGUAAAAAAUAGCAAAGAGCAAAAUGACGGCAACCGCGAGAAAUACAAGGAUUUCACGUUCGACCAUUCGUACUGGUCAUUCGACCACGCUGAUUCACACUAUGCGUCACAGGAACAGGUGUUCUCGGACCUGGGCCUGGACGUCAUCGACAGCGCGUUCGAAGGAUACAAUGCGUGCGUGUUUGCGUACGGGCAGACUGGCAGCGGCAAGACUUUUACUAUGAUGGGCUCGCCUGAGUACCAAGGCCUCAUACCUCGUAUCUGCCGGCAGCUGUUCUCGCGUGUGGCCGCGGGCAAGGAGUCCGGCGCCUCCUACCGCACGGAGGUCAGCUACCUGGAGAUCUACAACGAGCGCGUCAAGGAUUUGCUGGCAUCGGAUGCGGGACAUUCUUUGCGGGUACGCGAGCAUCCGAAACUCGGGCCAUAUGUGCAAGAUCUGUCUCGGCAUUUGGUGUCCGACUAUGAUGAUAUACAGGAAUGCAUGCACCGCGGCAACCUGCACCGUACAACGGCCUCCACGCAGAUGAACGACGUGUCGUCUCGCUCGCACGCCAUAUUCACUAUUACCUUCGUGCAGGCCAGCUAUCUACGACACAACAACAUGCCAAGUGAAACAGUGUCUAAAGUGCAUUUGGUUGAUCUGGCUGGCAGUGAGCGCGCGGACGCGACGGGCGCGACGGGGCAGCGCCUGGUGGAGGGCGCGCACAUCAACAAGUCGCUCGUCACGCUGGGCUCCGUCAUCUCGGCGCUGGCCGAGUCUAGCCAGCAGCCGGUAGAAAACCGGAAUCAAAAAGGAGCAAAGAAGGUGUUCAUUCCAUACAGAGACUCGGUUUUGACGUGGCUCCUGAAGGAUUCGCUCGGAGGAAACUCCAAAACCAUCAUGAUUGCUGCUAUAUCUCCGGCUGAUUGUAACUAUGGCGAGACGCUCUCGACCCUCCGCUACGCGAACCGAGCGAAGAACAUCAUCAACAAGCCCACCAUCAACGAGGACCCCAACGUCAAGCUCAUACGGGAGCUGCGCGAGGAGAUCGAGAAACUGCGGGCGCAGAUAUCGCACGAUACAGAUCCCAUCGAGGCAGAACCGGCCGUACUCGCCACGCUCCAACGCAAAGAAGCCCAAGAAAAAGUCCUCACAGAAAAAUGGACGGAGAAAUGGCGGGAAACGCAACAGAUCUUACAAGAACAGAAGGCGUUAGGGCUAAGGAAGAGUGGAUUGGGAGUGGUGUUGGACUCUGAUAUGCCGCAUCUAGUGGGGAUAGAUGACAAUCUACUGUCUACUGGUGUCACUCUGUACCAUCUUAAGGAAGGUGAGACGGUAAUCGGCACAGAAGAAUACUCCCCAACACCAGACAUAGUGCUCUCCGGAGCCGGAGUACUGCCACUACACUGCCGGAUCACAUUACACGAGGGCGUGGCGACACUCCACCCCGCGGCGGCUGCGCAUUGCUGGCUCAACACCGUGCUGCUAGACAAGGCGGCCAAACUUAGCCAGGGUUGCAUCCUAUUGCUCGGCCGCACCAACAUGUUCCGCUACAACGACCCCGCGGAAGCGGCGAAACUGAGACAGGAAGGAAACGCUUCUGUCAUGAACCUCUCCCGUCUGUCUCUGCUCUCCUGGUCCACCACCGACUUGGCUGCUAGCACUGAGAACCUGAACACGACCCUAUCGGACUUGGAAGGUGAGAUCCGGUGCGAAAGGAUAGAAGCUCAGCGCGCGGAGUUAGAGCGAGAGAGACAACAGUUUAUUCUGCAGCAAGAAGAGAGACAAAAACGCUGGCAUCGCGAGAGGGAGGAGUUGCUUGAAGCUCAGAAAAAGUUGGAUGAGGAGCGAGAAGCGAUGGAGCGCGAAUACGCAGCGGCAUGCCGGCGACUGUCCGGCGACUGGCGCGCGUUGGAGCGCGGCUGGACGCACCGGCGCCGCGCGCUGCGCUGUCGCCGCCGGGAACUGUGCGCCCGCUCCGAGCGGCUGAGGGCGCUGGCGGACACGCACACAAGGGCGGCGGACCAGGAGGACUCGCAUGUGGCGGAUCUCCGAGCGCGCGUCGAGGAGAAACGCGCCGAACUCGAACGUGUACUGCGGGUGGAACUCGCGGCACAGGGCAUCACUGAGAGCCAAACUCCAAGUCCGUCCAGCCCGCUGUCCCCCAGCUCGGAGACGUCCACCGAGAGCCUGAUGCACUUGCUGCUGCAGUGCGAGCCCACCACGGCCGCCACCAUCCGCGACACCGUCGACAGACACAAAAAAGAGCUACUAGAAUUGGAGGGCGAACUACAAAGUCGAGUGGCUUCCGUGGCCUCGCACCGGGUCAAGAUAGAGAGACUGCAAGCUGAACUCGCGCUCCUAGGGACUCAAGACUUGGGCCUCAGACACGCGCUUGCCUCAGACCUCAGCCCCACGGACAGGAGAGAAGGCGACAACGAUUUGUCUCCAGCCGAAGGUGUGAAGAGGAGCAAAUCAGAACUGGUGUUGCGACACACGCCACGCGAGGAGGCCCUGGAGCCACUGUCUGCGGACGAGAGGGAAGUGUUCAGAAACAAGCGGCUCAGCUUAAGCCUCAGCCUGGACCCGCUAGCAUCCCCCAGCUCCCUCCCCGCGGACGAGACGUUCCACACGGCGACGUCGUCCCCGCCGCCCUCCCCGGCCUCCCCCACCUCCCCCACCUCCCCCACCACGGAGGAGGUGUCGGCGCUGCCCAGCGAGCCCACGCCCAACUUCCGGCUCGGGCCCGCGCCCGACGACAGCGACGACAUGUCCAGCACCGAGGACUACCAUAAGCCCAGAAUAGUGGAAGGACAGUCCUCAAGCUCAGUGGAACGAUCGCCAGAAGAAAGGCAUCAAAGAGCGAAGUACCGAAGGAAGAUUGCGACGGAUGGCAAGUCCGGCCGACGGCAAGUGACCGAGGCAGAGGCAUUGCGCGCGAUGCAGAGGCUGUGCUCGCGUAUAGCAUCGCAGAAGAUGCUCGUCAUCUCCUCCCUCGAGAACGACUGCUCCAAGGAGGAGCUCAACCGACAGAUAGCGGUGCUACAAGAUCUACAAAAGAAGUACGUCCGUCUAGAGAUGGCCUUGCAAUACUCGUUCUUCGAUAACGGCAAGAGCAACGGUCGGUCCACGGUCACGCCCAUACAAGAGAUGCCCUCGCUCACGCUCAGCGAGAGCGACGUGCUCGCCGACCCGCCCAACGACAGAUUAAAAGAUACUGAAAUCGAAGCGUCCGACAACGUGUCGACAUCCAACGACGAGACGGCAGAGUCCUGGGACGGCAUCGACGACCCUCUGCGGCGCGCGGCGCGGGCGCAUGUACAACCCGAGCCCAAUGGGAACGAGCUUAUAGUAGAUGUGCCUCCACCGGAUCCUACGGCCACAGUUGGGCUUAUGCAUCCCAUCGAUUUUAACCAGGUGGUGAGCAUCCCCGGCUGGGUGACGCGCGGCGCGGGCGCGGCCACGCACCACGAGUACGAGGUGCGCAUCCGGCUCGGCGCGCACCGCUGGGCGCUGCUGCGCCGCUACCGCCGCUUCCGGGACCUCUACCUGGCCAUGCGGCGGACCUACGGCCACAAGUACAUUAGUUCCGCAGACCAGGUGGUGAGCAUCCCCGGCUGGGUGACGCGCGGCGCGGGCGCGGCCACGCACCACGAGUACGAGGUGCGCAUCCGGCUCGGCGCGCACCGCUGGGCGCUGCUGCGCCGCUACCGCCGCUUCCGGGACCUCUACCUGGCCAUGCGGCGGACCUACGGCCACAAGGUGGCGUCGAUCCCGUUCCCGCCGCGCCAGCUGUGGCAGUCGGAGGGCGUGGCGCGCGCGCGGCGCGGCGCGCUGGAGGCGUUCCUGCGGCGGCUGCUGGCCGUGUGCGCCGCCGACCGCCGCUGCCCGCUGCACUGCGCGCCGCUCACGCCGCACGCGCUCGUCUCCUUCUCGCCCUUCUUUCGACGGGUACGUACAUACAUUCCCGUAAACAGUCUUAAUAGACAAACGAAACAAAGGUUCUUCAGCAGUUGCUCUCUAGUGGGAGCUAGGUAUCGACAAAGUGAAUUUAAUUUGAGUUCUUUCAAUUUGAAAAAAGAAGUAGAGGUGGACUGUAAAAGAAGUGUAGCUACAGUUUAA